CAUUCUAUUUUGUCGACCUUCCUCAGGCUCACAUCCCUGUAUUCAUUUAUAGAAUCUACGUACAUGGACAAACAUUCUCUUGCCGAGUUGGGGUCAGAAGACUCCGAAUCUCAGAAUUACACGCUUUACUCGAGAGACACAGAUACAUGCUUGACGUGUGGAGAAAGAACACUCGCUUGGCAUCAGCUCUGCAAUAAUUGUAUAACCAGGAAGGAGAAGAAGUUCUUAUCUCAAAGCCAGCAAUAUGGAAUGAGUGAGCACCACUCGAGAAACACAGAUACAUGCUUGAUGUGCGGAGAAAGAACCCUCGCUUGGCAUCAGCUCUGCAAUAAUUGUAUACUCAAGAAGGAGAAGAAGUUCUUAUCUCAAAGCCAGCAAUAUGGAACGAGUGAGCACCACUCGAUAAAGGUCAAGAUCUGGUGUGGAAAAUGCAAAGCUGGCUUUGAAACAAGUGCUUGGCACAAUCUUUGCGAUUCUUGUGUACCAUACAGGAAGAAGGUUUUGCCACAAGAUGUUAAUGAUAAUUCCAGUAGAACAGGCUCACUGUAUGCUCAUCACAGUUUGAAAAGCGACACUCAUGGUUGGGAACCUUCACGCCAGGAAAGCAUGCAUGCCCCGCCAUCUUAUCAAUUGUCUCCUUUGACGUUGAAGGAUCUCGGAACGACCCCUCCCGCGUAUUAUACCCUCGAAGGGUUUAAUCACCCGGAAAUCGACAUGCCUGAUCCAACCCGCUUGCCGUUAGAUCCGCCAUUUAUGGGGAAUCCUAUAUGUAGAAACUCAAUCCAACCAACCGUCUUAUCUUGGGGAUCCUUCGCGCAAGACGAGCAUCCAUGACCGACCGAACCAUUCAACAAAUCUUUGGGAGUUGAAAACUUUCGAGACAGUUCCCACGUACCGUACGCCGGAAGGGUUUGGUCAUCCGGAGGUCGACAUUUAUCAACCAACGCAUUUGCCGUUGAACCCACCAACGGUUAUGAGUGAUGAUAUCAAUUGAAGAAGCCUACUGUGGAGGAUAUCGUCAUCUCACUAGAACUAGUAGGUGUUGUCUGAAGAAAGGUCUUGUACGACGGAUGAAAGGAGUUCCAGUGAGAAGGACUGCUGGAUGGAUUAGACAAUGUGUAUUUGAGAAAAUUCUGCUUGAUGC